AAAGACACAGAUCAAGUACCGUAAUGUAAUGGUGUUGCGGCGGUUUCAAUAUAAAAAACGUUUCUUUUGUUUGUAAUAUAUUAUAUUAUUUAUUAAAAAAAUAUCAGAAUACUAAAUUAAUAUGAUUCGUAAUCCGAAACUUGAAGAAUUUGAAAUAGAAACAAAGCCAAGAAAACCAGGAAAACAAAAGUUUUCUGACUUCAUGUACAAUGAAGAUACAAGGGAAAUUUUCGGACGAACGCCUGAAAGAUGGGGAAAACUUUUCUUGUUCUAUUUAAUCUUUCUUUCUGCAUUAGUUGCAUUAUUCUCAGUAUGUAUGGCAACAUUCUUGCAACAAUUUAUUAAUCCUAGAGUACCCCGACUACAACAAGAAGGUAGUUUAAUUGGAAGUAGUCCUGGGUUGGGUUUCCGUCCAUUGCCAGAUGAUGUAAGAAGUACACUUAUUUGGUACAAAGGUACUGGGUAUGAAAGUUACAAAUACUGGGAAGAUGAGCUGAUUGAAUUUUUAUCAGUGUAUAAAAAGAAGGGUCAAACAGUAGGCGCUGGUCAGAAUAUAUUCAACUGUAACUUUAAAAACUCUCCACCACCAGGGAAAGUGUGUGAUGUUGAUAUUACCAGGGGUUUUGAACCAUGUACAGAAGAAAAUCAUUUUUCAUUUCAUAAGUCAUCUCCAUGUAUCUUCUUAAAACUGAACCGAAUAUAUGGGUGGAGACCUGAGUUCUACAAUGACACUAACAAUUUGCCUGUGGAGAUGCCUAAUGAACUCAAAGAUAACAUAAGGAAUAUCACUGUCAAUAAUAGGGACCAUGCAAAUAUGAUUUGGGUGUCUUGUGAAGGAGAAACACCAACAGAUAAGGAAAACAUAGGACCAAUCACUUACCUUCCAUAUCCAGGCUUUCCGGGAUAUUUCUAUCCAUACAACAAUGCUGAAGGUUAUCUGAGUCCAUUGGUUGCUGUACAUUUGCAGAAUCCCAAAGCUGGUAUAGUGAUCAACAUUGAGUGCCGCGCUUGGGCACAGAAUAUCAAAUAUGACAGGAGAGAAAAGUUGGGUGUGGUACAUUUUGAGCUUAUGAUUGAAUAGACUGAUAUUUUUGUAACACAAUCAAAUUAAAAUAUAAUUACUUAUGAAAUUGCCAUCAUGACACAAACACAAACAAACCUUUGAUACAAAUAUUUAUUGACAUUAGAUUUUUACAAUGAUUUUGUCUGACCCAAUGUUUUUUUUUAAACAGUAUCUCAUGAACAAGAAUAAUAAGGCAUAAAUAAAAGUAAAUUUCCCUUUUUUUACUUUGGUUGGGUUAGGUUCAAAGUUAAUUUCUUAUGGGAUCUGACUUUAUAUAAUGUAAUUUCUGUAUUAUGAGAUUUUUAUAUUGUUUUUAUAUAAAACCCAAACCACAUAAAAUUUAUUUACAUGACCAAUUAAAAAAUGUAUUGUGUGUGCUAGUUCUAUAUACUUGUUUAUGUGGGCCAAUCUCAAUAAAUAUAUAUCUUGAGUCGCAGAUCUUAUCCAGAUUAAUCUUGGCAUGUUAAAUGUUUGAAUAUUGCACAUAUAAUAUGUUUACUUUUAAAUUUGCAAAUUAUAAUUGUUUAUGGAUCUGGUUUUUACAAUUUGAAUCUCAAUUUCAAUUGAAAGUUUUAAAAAUAUAUUACUAUUAUUAAUUAUUGUUAUAUUACUUUAAGAAUUUUGUACGUGUCGUGAUCUGGUGGUAAAAUCAAUUUAACACUAGUGCACAAUAGUGACAAUAAGACUUAAUUAAAAGUUAAUUAAUGUUUCUCAAUUAAGCUAGUAAUCCGUCCAUACAUUUGUGCCUAUAUUUACCAUUCCUUAAAUAUUUAAUGUAUGUAAUUUUUUUGGGACUGUUUAAUAAAUGACACUAUAUGUAAUCGAUAUAUUUGUGGGUUUAUAGAAGUUGUAAAAAAAAUUGUGUUUAAUGGAAAGGUUUAAAUAUAUUAUUACAAUUAACUAAAAGACUUAGUUUACGUAAGUAUUUAAAUACAAUUUAAAAUGUAAACGCGAAUUUAUUGAAUUAUUUGCGUAACGCUUCGGGUGCGUUUCAUCAGCAGUAAACACUUGUUUGUUGGAAAAGUGUUUACUGUGUUUACUCAAAAA